AAACUUUACAUUUCCAUGUCAACUAUUUACCCUUACUGCAAAAUCCGCCUUUAUCGCUUGUCAUUUUUCUUGCUUCAGACUCACCAGCCAAAUUUGACGUGCCACCUGAAAAGAAGGGACAAAAUAAUUUGUCAGUGGCUGUUGAGAAACUUCGUGUUGCAGGAUAUAUGUGGCAAGCCUUUUGUGCCGAACAAAUGCACCGUAACGGUAUGGGUAGACGCACUUUCCGAUUAGAUGAAGCCUGGCUACCGGAUACUAUUUCUUGUAAAGAUAAGGGUACUAUGAGAAAUACAGCUAAAGUACAUAUUAUUCGCUCACAAUAUUCAAUGGCCGAAAUACGUGAUAAGCGUCGAGCUCAACAGAGUAAGGAUCACGAUGCCAGUGUGCAAAGCUUAUUUGGGCUUUUUCUCGAUGAUCUACGCAAUCAUCCACCUUUUAAUAAGCCAAGUAUAGUGGCCGGUCUUAUUUUGGAUGCGCAUUGGGAUUGCAAGUCAGAAGUAACACUAGGACAUGCAGCAUUAGGUGGUGCAAGUGGGCAUACAGCGUUAGGAAUAUUUGGUUCGCAUUUAUUGCAUGCAUGGCCAUCUUCCAUAGAAGACAUUGUUCCUAGUCUGUUAGAUAAUACAAAGACAGACACGCGCUAUGUUGCUAAUGAUGCUAACGAAAGUGGUACCUGGUGGAAGGCAGCAAAUAUUGGUAUGGGAGCUAUGGUAUGAUUUAAACAUAAUUUUCAAUGAUGCACCAAGAUAGAAUGGGUGUUCUUACCGUACCUACAAUUUCAACAGUUGCACGAGGUCGGUCACGCUUUCACUCUGAACCAUUCUCCAAGCGGUAAGAUAUAUGGAUCGUUAUUCUAGCGAGUAUUUGCAAACAGGG